AUGAGCAAAAAUGGCAAGCUUUUUGUUACUACAAUGGUUGUAGAUAGAAAUCCAAAGAGUGAUGCCAGAGUAGGUAAUGUUAAAAGAAUGAAGAAAGAACUCCACGAGCUUACAAUUUCAGAAAUUCCUAUUGAUAUGCAAGAUUCAAUGAAAACUAAAACGCAACUUAAAAUAUCUUCAAGGAUUAAACGUGUGGUGCAUAAUCAGCCAAAGGAACCAAGCGUUGUUGAAGGGAAAAUUACUGAUUUUCAAGAUUCUUACACCAUCCGAGCAUUUAAAGAGUUUCUUGAAGAAAAAGGACAUUAUGAUAUAUCAGUAUUUAAUAAUAUUCCUACAACAAAGGAAUGUCCAAAUUCUUUGAAUGAAACAACUUGUAUCACUCCAAAACAUAUGCUUAUUUAG